GCCAGCCAAUCCGGGAGGGCGAGAAAGAGGCGGCGCCUAAUUUGAAAUCUUGCAAGAGAAGAAAGAGAGCUGGCUGAAAGCGGGGGUGGUGUAGCUAAGUAGCAAGCGGUGCAGGCUUUUGAAGAAUCCAGCACUGCGAAAAGAUGGCAUCUGUAUUCCAAGGUGUGAGAUCAAGCAUCGGCUGGCGGAGCCAUCAGGUCCUGUCUGAGGAGAGUCCUGUGCCAGAUCGAUUUAGGAAGAAGUCUUGUUUCAACAUGAAUAGUGUGCGGAUGUCCCUCCGGAAGAGAAUGCCUUUAAAAGAAGUAGAGAUGAAUUUUGAUGAGAAUCCAACUUGGGAGAGCCUGGAGGCUAAGGAGAGAAGUCCAAACCUCCAGGUGCUUGCAAGGACGGCCAAAAAUGUAUUUGGAACAAUGUCACAGAAAAUGCAAAGGGGCUGCCGAGGCAAGAGCAGACGCUCCACCCAAACUCCAAACUUCUCUCCCCGGACCCCUCAUCAAAACAAGAAGCUGGCCUCUGCCUCGACACCAACAUCUAGCACUAGGAUGGUGUCCCCACCCAGCAAGGGGCCUAGAUCCUGUCAGCGUAAGAAAAACCUCCUGCCUCUCCGGAGAUCCAUGAGGACUGCAGCCUUGAGAAGCCCAUACAGUUCUCCAGUUUCUCUUGCUGCAAGGAGGCAGCUGGACUGUGAUUUGGAGCUGGUCUCAACAGGCAUUCGCCAACUGAAGAGUCUCUCUCGGGCUUUCAACGACAUCAUCGUUCAAGAGGAGAGAGAUCAAGCAAUCCUAAACUAUUAUGAAAUCAUGGCCCAGAACAUUCGGGCAAUGCAAUUGCAGUCUGGAAGCUUGGCUCAGGGUCUUCGGAGGCACGCAGGGAGAGUGCGGUGGAGAUUCAACAGCUGGGCUGAUAAUCACCUCAAAUAGUAUUAAUCUGGAAGCAUUUGAAGGAUGGACAUUUGCAUGUGUUUUUAAUAAGCUUUUAAAAUCCAUAUUGAAUCAACUUGACUCUAAAUAAGCUUGUGGCGUAAAAUGCUAACUUAUAAGAAACCUUACUUGUCCUUCUUAUAGACUUUAUGUAUGCAAGUUUCUGCGCUGAAAUUAACCCUAUUUAUAACCUUAAGCCAAAGUGAGGUUGCAUUCUGGGCUUCAUUCAUUGUUACAGAGUCUUAACAACUUUUUAUAUUCUUUAAUCCAUGCCUUCUUUCAGCAUUUUAUUCUCAUUAUGCUGUGUUUAAUGAGUUGUUGGAAUGGUGUGCCCUGAAAGAGCUGCACAAAACAGUACAAUAUGUAGUAUGGAAUUCAGCUUUCUCAGAACAUUUGACAAUUAAAAAAAUAAAACACUAAGGUUCAAGUUCUUAUGGCCAAAGAGAUGUCUAGAGGAUUAUUGAUAAUAUACUGUAGUAUCUUUAUUGUUCAGCUUUGUUGUUCAGCAUUUGUUCAGAAACUUCCAGAUCCAAGAUCAACCUCAUACACAGGUUCUGUGGCCAAUUCUGGGCGACAGAUUUUAAGAAGCCAUCAGAGAAAAAG